AUGGAUAAUAAUUUCGGGAACUAUCAUCAUCAUCAUCAUCAAUGGCGUCCAGGACCAACACAGCCAAACAUAUGCCCAGUUUGUACAGCGCCGCACUUCCCUUUCUGCCCUCCGCACCCACCACCAUCUUCCUUCCCCCACAAUCCAAACUUUCCUCCUCACUUCAAUUCACCUCGUCCUGUAUUCAACUCGUUCACCGGACCACCGGUUCGACCGCAAAACCACUAUCCCCUCGGUGAUCCGACGCCGUGGCAACCUCACCACGGAAAUCAAUGGCGACCUGUUGAUUUUGAUAGAGAAGCUGAUCGGAGCUAUAAGAGAGCUCGGAUUGAUGCGAUCGGCGGUGGUUCUCCAGGAUACGGUGUUUCUGGGAGUGAUGGUUAUCAGAGUCCUCGGAUCUCGUGGGAGAACGAGCGGAGGUUGAAGAUGGUAAGAGAUCAUGGCUACGGUUUAUCUGCGCCGUCUCCGGGAAAUCUAGAUGUUUCGAAUAUCGAGAUGAAUCAUCAGUAUGGGAUGAGUGAAUUCAGGAACGGCGGUCAAUUUAAUGGUGUAGCUACUCCUCAUCCUCCUCCUCCACCUCAUCAUCCCCCGCCGUACGGAGGUUAUUUCGGUGGGCCUAAUGGUCAACCUCCUCUUCCGGUUUCCUCACCACCGCCAUUGCCUCCAUCUCAUCCGCCGUCCCAUUCUUCUUCUCUGUUUCCUUCCACCGCCGCAACUGUCCCUCCCUUAUCAUCAUCAUAUCCCCAAAUGCCAAAUGCGUCGCCAUCUUCUGCACAAUUAGCACCAACUCGGUCCAAAGUGAUGGAUGUAUCCCAUCUGCUGAAGCCUCCUCAUCGAUCUACUCGUCCAGAUCACUUUGUAAUUAUCCUUCGAGGACUACCAGGUAGUGGGAAGAGUUAUCUAGCCAAGUUGUUGCGUGACAUUGAGGUAGAAAAUGGCGGUAGUGCUCCACGAAUCCAUUCUAUGGAUGAUUACUUCAUGACUGAAGUUGAGAAGGUUGAGGAGAGUGAUUCGAAAUCUUCAAGCUCUGGUAGAAGCAAGAGACCUAUUGUAAAGAAGGUCAUGGAAUACUGCUACGAACCUGAGAUGGAAGAGGCGUAUCGUUCAAGCAUGCUAAAAGCUUUUAAGAGGACUCUUGAAGAUGGGGCUUUCAGCUUUGUAAUCGUAUGUUUUCUGGAUUUGACCGUUUCUUCCUGGUAUAUGUCGCUCAUCUUAGUGGAUGACCGCAAUCUGCGGGUAGCUGAUUUUGCUCAGUUUUGGGCAACAGCAAAGAGAUCUGGAUAUGAAGCUUACGUAUUGGAAGCAACAUACAAGGACCCAGCUGGCUGUGCAGCAAGAAACGUACAUGGCAUCACACUAGAUCAAGUACAGCAGAUGGCAGAAGAAUGGGAAGAAGCUCCAUCAUUGUACAUGCAACUGGAUAUCAAGGCUUUUACGCGGUGGGAUGACCUUAGGGAGAGUGAAAUCCAGGAGGUGGACAUGGACAUGGAAGAUGAUUUUGGACUGCCAGAAAGAAAAUCCGAUAACAGCACCCAGGCAGAAGCAAAGGGUGCGACUGAAGACUCUAACAUAAAUGAGAGGAAACGGGAAGCAGAACGUAGCUCCCAUACUGAAGUGAAGGAAUUAAGUAGAAGCAAAUGGUCUAAUGUAGAGGAAGACGAUGAAACAGAGAAAUCUCAAAGUAGAAGACGAAAGUCAAAAUCCGUAUCCGGGUCAAGCCACGAACGCUUGCGGAAAGGCAAAACUGUUUGGUGGGGUGAUAAGGGUGGAGACGCUGGUUUUUCAAUUGGUGCUGCGAGGAACAUGAACAUGCCUUCUUUAGUUAUAGGUCCCGGAUCAGGAUAUAACUUGAAGUCGAAUCCUCUUUCCGAAGAAGAGAGUCGUACACUUGCUGAUGCUAUUGGGAAAGCAAAGGUAAGAGGAAUAUUCCAGGAUCAGCUGAGAGCAGAGCGUGAGUCUUUCAAAGCUGUUUUUGACAAGAGACAUGUACGGAUUCCUACAUCAUACAAUUCAAAGGACGAUGAGUAG